AUGAGCCGCCAAUUCACCUGCAAGUCUGGAGCUGGCAACAGGGGCUUCAGCGGCUGCUCGGCUGUGCUGUCUGGGGGCAGUUCAUCCUCUUAUCGGGCAGGAGGCAAAGGACUCAGUGGGAGCUUUGGUAGUCGGAGUCUCUACAGCCUGGGAGGCGCCAGAAGCAUCACUCUCAACAUGGCUACCGGCAGCGGCAAGAAUGGAGGUUUUGGAUUUGGCCGGAGCCGGGCCAGUGGCUUUGCUGGCAGCAUCUUCGGCAGUGUGGCCCUGGGACCUGUGUGCCCGGCUGUGUGCCCACCUGGAGGCAUCCACCAGGUCACAGUCAAUGAGAGCCUGCUGGCCCCCCUCAAUGUGGAGCUGGACCCAGAGAUCCAGAAGGUGCGGGCACAGGAGCGAGAGCAGAUCAAGGCCCUGAAUAACAAGUUCGCCUCCUUCAUCGACAAGGUGCGCUUCCUGGAGCAGCAGAACCAGGUGCUGGAGACCAAGUGGGAGCUGCUGCAACAGCUGGACCUGAACAACUGCAAGAACAACCUGGAGCCCAUCCUCGAGGGCUACAUCAGCAACAUGCGGAAGCAGCUGGAGACACUGUCCGGGGACAGGUUCAGGCUGGACUCCGAGCUGAGGAACGUGCGCGAUGUGGUGGAGGACUACAAGAAGAAGUACGAGGAGGAGAUCAACCGGAGGACGGCUGCAGAGAAUGAAUUUGUGCUGCUCAAGAAGGAUGUGGAUGCAGCUUAUGCCAACAAGGUGGAGCUGCAGGCCAAGGUGGACUCCAUGGACCAGGACAUUAAAUUCUUCAAGUGUCUCUUUGAAGCUGAGAUGGCUCAGAUCCAGUCCCACAUCAGCGACAUGUCCGUCAUCCUGUCCAUGGACAACAACAGGAACCUGGACCUGGACAGCAUCAUCGAUGAGGUCCGUGCCCAGUAUGAGGAGAUUGCCCUGAAGAGCAAGGCCGAGGCCGAGGCGCUGUACCAGACCAAGUUCCAGGAGCUGCAGUUGGCAGCUGGCCGCCACGGUGAUGACCUCAAAAACACCAAGAAUGAAAUCACUGAACUGACCCGGUUCAUCCAGAGACUCCGCUCAGAGAUUGAGAAUGCCAAGAAGCAGGCUUCUAACCUGGAGACAGCUAUCGCUGAUGCUGAGCAGCGAGGGGACAGUGCCCUCAAGGAUGCCCGGGCCAAGCUGGAUGAGCUGGAGGGCGCCCUGCACCAGGCCAAGGAGGAGCUGGCUAGGAUGCUGCGUGAGUACCAGGAGCUGAUGAGCCUGAAGCUGGCCUUGGACAUGGAGAUUGCCACUUACCGCAAGCUCCUGGAGAGCGAGGAGUGCAGGAUGUCAGGAGAGUACCCAUCCCCUGUCAGCAUCUCCAUUAUCAGCAGCACCAGUGGCAGUGCAGGCUAUGGCUUCCGGCCCAGUACAGUCAGUGGUGGCUAUGUGGCCAAUAGCACGAGCUGCAUCUCGGGAGUGUGCAGCGUCCGCGGUGGGGAGAGCAGGAGCCGAAGCAGCGGCAGCGACUACAAGGACACCCUAACGAAGGGCUCCAGCCUGAGCACCCCCUCCAAGAAAGGUGGUCGGUAG